AUGAACCUCUUCUUGCUGCUCCUCUGCUUCGCAGGGCUGGCCCCUGCCAGUUGCAACGUGAUUCAGUUCGGUUCAAGGAUUAAGCACAAGACAAGGAAAUCGCCGCUGUCCUACAACACUUACGGCUGCUACUGUAGCUUGGGGGGAUCCAAACAGCCACUGGAUGCAACCGACUGGCGCUGCCAUGCCCACGACUGCUGCUACAAGAAGCUGUCUUCCUCUCAAUCCACAACCCGGUGCAAAAGAUGGAGCUGCGACUGCAACAGAUGGGCGGCAGAGUGCUUCCAAAGGACAGCCAGGACCUACCGCAACUCUUAA